AAACUACCAGAAAAUGGAGGAAAAUUCGCCUCCAUGAGGCCAUUUUUUUAAUUUCAUAUUUUGUUACCAUGGCAACCAAUUUUUUCACAUAAUGUAUAUGCAUCUUGAAAGUACACAUAUGAAAGAUUUUGAAGGUCCAUGAUGACACCUACUGCUAGCCUGGUAAUGGGUUGAAAUACACUCAAGCACCUGUCAUCCUGAGAGUAAAAUGUCACCAAAAAUGAUGAGAAUCGACCCAUUUUCAAACCCUCGUGAUUCCCCUCAAAAAAUUUUCACAGUAUAAUGACAGGUUUCAACUUUUAGCAAAAAUCCUAACAUUUCCAACAAGGCCAAAUUUGCAAUAGGGUCCUUGAUUCCUUUUCGAGAUAUUUUGCAUCAAAGAUGUAUCAUGCUGUUUUCAACUUACCGUUUAAAGUGAAAGUAGAAGUACCCAUCUACAAGUCAAACUCUCCUACAUCUCACAGUCACAGUUUCGAAUCCCAUUAAAAGGCACCAGAUCAAUGUAGAAUGGUCACCUCCCUAUAUUAAUACAGAUAUCAACUACAAUGAAACUAUUUAAAUUCUAUAAAAUACUCUUUUAACAUAUUUACAUUUUAACCCUGGUCACUUUAGCUUCGUAUUGGCAAUUCGCCAGGUAUAUUGAGACUUUAAAGACUGCGGAAAUUCUACGACAUCAUGAAAUACCUUCACUGUUUAAAAAUUGAAGUUUUUCCGAAUAAAAUGAUGUAUCAUACAUGGGGAGUUAUUGUUAAUUAUGUCUUGAAAUGAGUGAACAAAAAUUGCCCUCUUCACAUCACUGUUUCCUGCAGAGUUCUUCCCCUUGGUAAAUUUGAAAAUUGAAAUAAAGUCCCAGAAUUGAGUGAAAAACAUAUAAUUUUGAUUCCCAAAUAUAUUACCAAAUUGUAUUUAAGAAAUCUGAUGUGAAAUAAAAAGGAAGUUGUAGAAAAAAACAAACUGAAAUGGCCUCUAAGGAUGUUAACAUGAGCAAUCCUGGAGAGUCUAUGUUUUCUGUUAUUUCAAGUCAAUUCAAACUUAUUUCAAUAAGGAAUUUGCCCUAAAAAUUGCUUUGUCUAUAAUAUCACAUCUUUAAUAAAUGACUUUGAUAUCCUACUUUUACCUAAUAAGUAAAUGUAGGCCAAAAUAAGAGAGGGGAGUGAGAGGAGUGAGAGGAAUUAAAUUUGCCAAGAACAAUAACUCUAAAAAAAACUAGAGCAAGCAUCCCAAUCAAUGAUGACGUCAUAGCUGUCUAUUGUGACGUCAUAAUUGAGCUAGUCUGUGUAGAUGAAAUACUGGGAAACAGUGAUGAGUGAGUUAAUGAAUCCUACCGCAAAACGAAGGGGGAGGAAGAGGAAACAUUUUAACUUUGAUUUAAAUAACACCUUUUGGAAGAAUAGAAAAACAAACCAUUCCCCUUCCAUCAGCGAAGUCGGAGGUAGUAAUCCAAUUGUACGCCCCUCACACUCCCUCCAUCAGGGAAUCAACUUCAAUGGAGGGGAAACAAACAUUGCUGCCCCGAUGCUUCUGCGGCCAGCUGGUACAUCGAGCCAGAGGACAUCUGAAGACCCAUCAAAUUUCCAUGAAAACCACAUCAUCAAUCUGGAAAAAACAAAUAAUCUGUUUCAAAUUUUUUUAGACAAUCAUGACUUUGGAAUUUGUAAAAAACCGAAAAUGAAAUUAGAAAUCUCACAGACAUCCAACUUGGGGACAUCUGCCUCAGCAAAGUGCUUAAACUGUAAAUAUGAGACUGAUAUGGUGAGCCUUUAUGACAAAGGCAAAAACCAUAAAUGUCUCAUGCACUCUGCUCUGGCACUGCCAAUGCUAAAAACGAAAAUGGGCCCAUCUGAUGUUCAGUUCCUCCUGGCUUGUUUAAACGUGAAGCCGCCAUCACUGAAAACUUUAAACAGAGUUUUAAGUGAAGCAGCUGACAUAGCGAAGGAGGAAAACAAGAAAUCGAUGCUUGAGAAUCAAGAUUACGUAAGAAGAGUUCAGGAGUUGAAAGGCCAAGGCAAUGAAGUGGACCUAGAAAUGGACACUUCCUACAACAACCGGAUACAGUCUGGGAUGGAAGCUGGAACGAUGUCCAUCACUCCUGUGGCCGAAUGCUGCACAAGCCGCAAACUUGUUGUAGCAUUGAACAUUUGCAACAAGACAUGCACCAGGAGGGGCAAAUGCGAUCAUCAGGGCUGUUCAAAAAAUUACGCCACUGAUAAAUCUAUUGCCUCUUCUGAAGGCUAUUCGGCCAAAGUCAAUCUGAACUCAAUUCAAAAUGAAAAUAUUUUGUCAAUCAGGUCAGUGACCAGUGACCAAUGUGGGCAAGUUGAGAAAGUGGUGAGAGAAUUCUCACCAUCUAUCUCACAUUUCCACUGCCUGAUUCAUAAAUUAAGAAAUUUACAAAAAAAAUUGCAAAACUUAAAAUUAAAAUCAUUCAUUGAUGGGCUGGACAGUGACACAUUUUGCAGACAUGUCUCCCGAGCAAUAAGGUCACGGCUUUACUUUGAAAUUAUUCGUUGGAAGAAAUCAAUUUCAACACCAAGCCGCUUCCUCCAGAAAAUAAAGCAAGCAGCUAUAAACAUUGUACCGUGUUUCACUGGAAAUCACCAACUAUGCUCAACUGUUUCGGUAUUUUGUCGUGUGUCUACAGUGCAGAAAGUGUUAAGAAGUCUUCCUCGGCAUCAAUAUCUCGUACUGACACCAAACGACGAAGAGAAGUUAAUAUCACAACUUACCCGCUUCGCCGAUUUAACCAGCAUGAGCAAAUUGAAGCAACUUACUAAUACCAAUAAAGUGGAAUCUAUCCACCAUCGUUGCUUCACAGUGGCUCCAAAGAACACUAAUUGGCCCAAGAACUUUGAAGGACUAUGUCAUUCGGCCGUCCAUUCCGACACAAAAUGUACAGGAAGGUCGACCUCCAUUCUGGCUAAACGGCUGGGCAUCAGGUAUGGCUCGAAACACCCUUUCAGUCUCCACAUGUCCCGUCUCGACUGCCUUGCCAAGUACUAUAAAGAAAGGCAAAGUAGGAAGAAAGUUAAACAGAGACGAUUUCAUGCCAGAAUGCGAAAGACAUACCGAAAAGUUUUUGAAAAAUCAGUGUUCUCCAAUGGUACAGUGGAUCACACAUACUGGAGGAAUCCUUAUGCAACAUGAAAUGAAUUUUGUUAAUAAAAAUGAAUAAAAAUUGAAACAUUUUGGAGCUUUUUCAUUUCUUGUUUCUUUUUGACAGACAGACAGACAGACAGACAGAUAGACAGACAGACAGACAGACACACACACACACACACACACAGACAGACAGACAGACAGACAGACAGACAGACAGACAGACAGACACACACACACACACAGACAGACAGACAGACAGACAGACAGACACACACACACAGACAGACACACAAUGCUCUGUAAUUCAAGGAGAAAUGAUACAAGUUAGUAGUAUAAACAAACAAAACAGAAUACUGAAUUCAGAAAUAAUCACAGCAAUUGGAAAGUGUAAUUUACCAUAACUCGAACAUGGAAACACCUAAAAUCUGCAAUUCCCAUAUCCGGAAUGACCCAAACAUGUGUUGCGUCGAACACAAGAUGUCCUAGAUAAAUUAAUAGGAGCAGGUUCCAGAGACAGGUGGUCCACAUUGACACACAAUUUAUUGUGACACAAGUGUGACACAUGCAUGUGUGGAUUGAGCCUGGGAAACCCUUGCCUAAUAAAAUAAGACAGCCGGUGUGCGGCAAGUUUCCGCCUCUUACCACGCAACACAAUUUGUAGGUAACCAUACCCGUCACGAGACACUGAUCCAGUCCAUAGAUGACACAGAUCAUCAUCAGCAUGAUGAAAAACUUUCGCAGAAAAUUUACGACUGAGAAAAAAUUUCUCGCGUUGAGUCAAGACCAAUGCUGAAAAUAUUUCAGACAUAGUAUACUUACUAAACAAUGACCUUCAAUUUCAAAAUGAUCAAUAAUAUUGAGUAUAAACUUCAUAUUUAAAGCAUAAACAUCCAUAUUUAUAGACAAAAAACCCAAAUAUUCUUGCCUGGAGAAAUCCAAGGUUCAUGGUGACUUGUGCUUAAGGUCUCAAACUACCAGAAAAUGGAGGAAAAUUCGCCUCCAUGAGGCCAUUUUUUUAAUUUCAUAUUUUGUUACCAUGGCAACCAAUUUUUUCACAUAAUGUAUAUGCAUCUUGAAAGUACACAUAUGAAAGAUUUUGAAGGUCCAUGAUGACACCUACUGCUAGCCUGGUAAUGGGUUGAAAUACACUCAAGCACCUGUCAUCCUGAGAGUAAAAUGUCACCAAAAAUGAUGAGAAUCGACCCAUUUUCAAACCCUCGUGAUUCCCCUCAAAAAAUUUUCACAGUAUAAUGACAGGUUUCAACUUUUAGCAAAAAUCCUAACAUUUCCAACAAGGCCAAAUUUGCAAUAGGGUCCUUGAUUCCUUUUCGAGAUAUUUUGCAUCAAAGAUGUAUCAUGCUGUUUUCAACUUACCGUUUAAAGUGAAAGUAGAAGUACCCAUCUACAAGUCAAACUCUCCUACAUCUCACAGUCACAGUUUCGAAUCCCAUUAAAAGGCACCAGAUCAAUGUAGAAUGGUCACCUCCCUAUAUUAAUACAGAUAUCAACUACAAUGAAACUAUUUAAAUUCUAUAAAAUACUCUUUUAACAUAUUUACAUUUUAACCCUGGUCACUUUAGCUUCGUAUUGGCAA